GUUACCUCGAGAAGAAGCCCAAGAACAACUUUCGGGAUUUCAUCCCGGUGGUGCUGAGCAGCCGGACGCGCAGCCAGUCGGGAAGCAUCGCUGGUUCUUCUGCUGGGGUGACUGGAGAGUGUGAUGUGACUGGUCAGGAGAUUUUACCAUUGCUGGAGGAGGAUCAGGAAGAAGAGGAAGAGGAGGAAGAGGAGGAGGAGACAUCCUCGAAACGUCGCAAGCUGCGAAAAUCCCACAGGACGUCACGUUAUCACAGUCGCAGGGGCAGGGACAGGUCUGAGAGGAGCAGCUGUUACACGAGGAGGACCCGGGAGCUGCCUUGGAGAGUAGAAUCACCCAGGCAGGUGUGGGAACCCAACGAGGAGGAGGAAGAUGAAAACCACAUCAAAAGGAAGAAAAGGAGACGACAGAAAAGUCGGAAAUACCAGACAGGGGAAUAUUUGACCGAGCGAGAGGAGGAGCGAGUGGGCUACCCCCACAGAAGGAGAAAAUCCAAAGCAGAUUUCAGGUACAGGAAGCAGAAGGAAUCUGUGCAGGGUAAAGGGACAGAGCUAAGACUGAGGAGCAGGCUUUCCCCAUCACCCCGAAAAUCUCAAGGACGCCCAGACUUUCGGAAUGGCUUCUUCCUGGAGCACUCUGACAGCUCUCCUGUCCAAGAAGAGCUGGAGAAACCAUCAGGAAAACGCAAAUGUAAAACCAAACACCUGUCAGGGAUCUGUGAUGAGGGGAAGGGGAAAAGCUGCUGGAACCAACCCAAAAUGCGGCCUCUGAAGAAGCCCCAAGAAUUGUGGACACUUUGUAAGUCACGUCGGGUCAGCCCAGGGAGUUCCCCUGAAGUGCCCACAGCCCAGAACGUUCCUCCUGGAGCUCGGAGGCUGAUUGUCAACAAAAAUGCAGGGGAGACCCUUCUGCAGAGAGCAGCUCGCCUGGGCUACAAGGAUGUCGUGCUCUACUGCCUGCAGAAGAAGAGCAGUGACGUGAACCAUCGCGACAACGCUGGCUACACGGCCCUGCACGAAGCCUGCGCCCGAGGCUGGAUCGACAUCCUCCACAUCCUGCUGGAGCACGGAGCCAACGUGAACUGCAGCGCUCAGGAUGGCACACGGCCCGUCCACGACGCAGUCGCAAAUGACAACCUGGAAACCAUGUGGCUUCUUCUCUCCUAUGGUGCUGAUCCCACUCUGGCCACUUAUUCUGGGCAGACAGCUGUGAAGCUUGCCACCAGCGAAGUGAUGAAGCGUUUCCUCUGUGAUUACCUUCUGGAUCUCCAAGGACGCAGUGAUGGAGAUCCUCGAACAGCGUGGGACUUCUACAGCAGCUCUGUACUGGAGGGGAAGGAUAGCAUUGGAUACGAUCUUCUGCUCAACCCUCCAGGAAGUUCAGACCAGGAGGAAGAAGAGCAAGAAGCAGACAACUUCAUGUUUGAAUUCUCAGACAAGCCACUGCUUCCCAGCUACAACCUCCAAGUGUCUGUCUCUCGAGGGCCCUGCAACUGGUUCCUGUUCUCUGACGUGCUCAAGCGGCUGAAGCUGUCCUCCCGCAUAUUCCAGGCUCGCUUCCCCCACUUUGAGAUCGCCACGUUGCCCAAGGCAGAGUUCCAACGCCAGGUCUCUCUCAGCCAGGUGUUGGCACAGGAGGAGAUGCCAGAGAGCCCCGAGUCAGCACAGGGCACUGCAGAGACAGUGGAGCUGGUGCAU